UUACUUAGCGGGUGGGUGGUGGUGGGUCUGGUCUCCGGUUCUCGAGCAGGGCUUUUCGGUGAUGCGCAUGCUCACUAGACGGUCUCUGGAAUCUGCUGCAGCUAGCACUAGAGGGCUGAAGAGGCGACGCUGCCUUGGUAACGACACAUGCGGGGCACGAGCUGGGGACCCAUAUUUCCCCACUUCAAAGGCUUCUUCCUCUUAUCCCUCCAUCCAUUUCUCCAUCCCUGUUUCUCACCAACAGCCAACUGGGCGUCUUUGCGUCCGCUGUUAUGGACCCCUGGAAUUGCAGACAAGGCUGAAAAAGAGGGACAUAUAUAAAGAAAAGAGAGCACCGGUAAUAUCGGCGCAUAGGCAGGUAAACCAUGCCGCUGGUUAAGCGCAGUAUCGAGCCACGCCACCUGUGCCGGGGCGCGGUGCCCGAUGGGGUUACCAGCGAGCUGGAGUGUGUUACCAAUAGUACCCUCGCGGCCAUCAUAAAACAACUAGGAAGCCUCAGUCGUCAUGCGGAGGACAUAUUUGGAGAGCUGUUCAACGAAGCUAACAGUUUCUAUAUGAGAAUGAACAAUCUUCAAGAGAGAGUGGACCUAUUGGCUGUCAAGGUCACACAGCUAGACUCCACUGUUGAAGAAGUGUCUCUGCAGGACAUUAACAUGCGCAAGGCUUUUAAGAGCAGUACCAUCCAGGACCAGCAGGUGGUGUCCAGGACCUCAGUCCCAAACCCCGUGGUUGAGAUGUACCAUCGCUGUGACAAACCUCCACCUCUCAACAUCCUCAGCCCCUAUCGGGAUGAUAAGAGGGAUGCGUUAAAGUUUUACACAGACCCAUCUUAUUUCUUCAUGUUGUGGAAAGAGAAAAUGCUUCAGGCCACAGAGGAUAAGAGGAAGGAGAAGAGACGACAGAAGGAGCAGCAGAAACAGGUGGAGGACCCGAGCAGAGAGGUGAAGAAGGUUCGGAAGGCGAGGAAUCGCAGACAGGAAUGGAAUAUGAUGGCUUAUGACAAGGAAUUCCGCCCCGACACCAGACUCACGCCAUCACCGUAUCACGGAAUGUCUUCCGAAGGGUCGCUGUCUCCCGAUAACAGGUCGGUGGCAUCAGACAUCGGAGAGCACUCCUACCCGGGCAGCCCAAACCACCCCUCCCAACCCCCAUCCGCCCCCCACCCCAUCGAGGGCACCCCCCACCUUACCCAGACCCCCCAGACCCAGUCUCUGGACAGGGGCGGUUACCCCCGAGCCAACCCGCCAACCGGUGCGGCCGCAGCAGGACGUCACAUCGCCUCUCUUGGGCGCACCCAGCUCCCCCACGCCGUACCCGCCCCCUCCGAGGGAGGGGCCCUCAAUGGACCCCGGCAGCAGUCGGUCAAGGACUACCGGGCACAUGGCGGCCAGCCGACCACCAUCCCGGAGUACUUCAUCCCACCCGCCCCUCCCCCUCCUCCACCCCUCAUCCCUUCCGCCCAGACCGCCUUUGACUCCACCUCCUCCUCUCCCCUCCCUCCCCCCUCCUUACCCCCCGGGGCUGUGGCGGUCAUGUCCCGACCCUACAGCCCCUCCCCUCCAACCCCCGCCCCACCCAUCAACUAUGUCCCCUCCCCCUCGCACCCCCCUUCCGGAGUCCCGCCCGCUGCCCCGCCUCCGCCCCCACCCGGCUUGCCCCCCUCCCACACUAUGUCUCCAGCUCGAGCCAUUGGUGGAGACGCUCCUGCCAGCAGGAAGGGCCAGAUGCCGAUGAUUCCGAUAAGCGACGCCCGCAGCGACCUGCUGGCCGCCAUACGUAGAGGUAUCCAGCUAAGGAAGGUUCAGGAGCAGAGAGAACAAGAAGCAAAGAGAGAGCCUGUGGGGAACGACGUGGCCACCAUUCUAUCACGACGCAUCGCCGUUGAAUACAGCGAAUCAGAUUCCGACUCUGGCGGAGAGGACAAUGGGGAGUGGUCUGACUGAGAGGGGUCAGAGGUUGGGGAUAGGGCAUGUGAGGUAACAGAGGGUCUAGUUAAGCCUAGAAGGGUGGGAGUUUAUGGAGCAAUAUAUGUGCCAACAAAAUGAAAUUGUAUUCAAAAUGAUUGAGUUCAGAUUCUAUUCCUAUUGCCACUCAUACCACUCCACAGUUGACAGCAAUAUCUAUAGAAAAGAAAUUAAUAGAACAGGCAUCCCCAUUCAAGUCAAUCAUGUCAUCAUGUGUUGAAGGGCAGCCAUUUCAACCCAUAAGAGCAAAGCAGAAAGUGAAGCCAGGAAGUAGCAGAAUAAACUUAACUGACAUUAGGCACAUCAGUUUGCAUCUUUUGAAAAAUUUUACAUUACCACAGGGAUUAUUGAAUCACAGUACCAGGCAGCUAUUGUGUACCCAUACGUUUUAUUGUCAGGGUUAGACAUUCAAAGACCACUCUAUUCAUUCAUAUUUCUAUAUUUCACAUUUUUAGUUGUUUCAGAUCUAUAGACAUUGGAGUAAAAUUAGGCCAUAAAAUAUACCCCCUUGUUCAUUUAAAAGGAUAGAGCAGGCCCUCAGCCCCACACUACAUAUGCCCUUUAGGUAGCAUAUUGAGGUGUGUUUCAGUAGCACCAUGUCACAUGACUUCAAAAACAUGGUUAAUAUAACAGAAUCAGUCAGUCAAUUAAACAUCAAGCAAUCACUCAAUUAACUAAUCAAUAAACCAACCAAUCAACAAACCAAAUAAAUCACCUCUUUGCUACAGUGAAUGCCAGUGUACAGUGCAACACUAGAUUACACUAUGGAUAUGACUCAACUGGUUAAAAGUUCCAACAUAAUAUAAUUUUUCAUUGUAAAUAUAUAUAGAGGUCUGGAAGUCUGGAAUGAGUGGAGUUAGAUUAAGUUCGGUGACUGAAACAUUUGUAUUCUCUUAUUUAUUCAAUUAUUUAUUGUUAUUUUAUAUGGCUCAUACAUAGAAAGGACAGCUCCCCAAUGUCACCCUAUUACCUAUUUAGUGCACAACGUUUGAACUGGGCCCAUAUGGACAGAAGUGGUGCACUAUAUAGGGAAUGGGGUUGCAUUUGGGUCAUAGUCUAUAUCAACUGUGACAGAAGAGAGUUUAAAAACGUAUACCCAAAACAACAAAUAAUCCUGUGAGAUGCAAAUCCUAUGACGGUUCGCUGGAGUUGCCUUGGCCAACACUAAUACUAAUACACAAGGUUUCAGUGGAUUCUCACUACAGAGGAGUGUUGGGGAUGUGGGGGUGUGAGGCAUGCUGGGAUGUCAAAGUGUGAGGAAUAGCAUAGGCUCAUCACGGGGCAGCACAUGAGAUUAUCCUAUGCACGCACACAUGCAUAUGCACACAAACUAACAAAUAUGAUCCCUCAAAACAAACUUAUUCACCGAUACAAGAAAACCAAACUCCAAAAAAAUAAGAAAACCCCUCUCAAAAAAGCAAACACCAGUGUGCAGUGCUUUUUUUAUGUCUUUCCAGCUUAGUGACAGAAAAUUUUUAAUAUUUGCUUCAAUGGAAUGAAUCAACACACUAGCUGUAUAGGUUUGCAUAUAGCUUUGCAGUUAUUAUUCUGUAUGGGAUAGAAUGGACUGGAGUACAGUUAGAGUAUGCAGUGGGUUGAUAUAUUCUCAAGGGCAGGUUUUUACACACACACACACACACACACAUUACAUUUCAGUAAUUGGUCAUGUACGUUUUAUCCUAUACUCUGCCUUUACCAUAAGUAGCGCUGUACAGCUGCACACAGAUGCCUAAAUCCAUCAUCUAUUGUUAUUCAGCAAUGUUUGAAAGUUUUUAAAUGGCUAGGCUUUGGUUUUUAAUUUGUCUGUUUGUAUUUGCUAAGUGGUUGUAGGGCAGAGGGCUGAAAUAUAAUGUGGCCCCUGGGCAAAAAGAAAAGUCAAAAUAUAUUUUAGCAUCAAAAAUAUCAGUUAUAUGACAACAACGUUCUAACUUUCUUGAAUGUCUUGGAACGGUUGGUGCUAACAUGAUAAAUAGACAUAUUGUCAACUUAUACCAUGCACUUCAUGUAGUAUAUUAGAUAGUGGACAAAAUAAAUACUGCACUACAUAAUGCACAAAUUGCUACUUCACUAGAUUGUGCACAAGCAUGGAGAAUAGGGUGUCAGUUUUGACGUAGUUGAAGUCAAUAUAACUCACACCAAGUUAAUUUAACUUAAACUGGGUUAAUUUAACUUAAACAGAUCCAUUUAACUCAAAAUGUGUCAAUUUAACUAAAACAACUCCAUUUAUCUUAAUCCAAGUGAAUUGAAAUCUGUAAAUCUGUGGAAAAUCUGUGGUUUAUAAAGUAACAUUUUGUUUUAAAUGAAAACUGUUGUAUAGCAUUUUGUUAAGAAUCUGUUUGUAAAGAAUGUGUAUCUAGGUAAAAAGGCCAACCGUCUGUGUAUAACACGCAAAUAAUUGUAGGCAAAGCAUGCAUGUAUGAAAAGCUAAUAAUAAACCUUAAGAAAAUACA